CUGAUGGCGGCCGCAUGCUUGUUGCAGUCCAGUAGUGAAUGAAAUAAUUGUAUAAGAAGCAGAAACAGCUGCAGUAUGAAGGACACACCGCUGGCCAACUGUGAGCGGGAUUUCUUGCUCAAAGCCAUCGAAGAAAAAAAGCGUCUAGAUGGACGACAGACCUAUGACUACAGAAAGAUAAAGAUCACGUUUGGGACUGACUAUGGAUGCUGCUUUGUGGAUCUGGGGAAAACCAGGGUCAUGGCCCAGGUGUCCUGUGAGAUCGUGACCCCUAAAGAGAACCGACCAAACGAGGGAAUCAUGUUCUUCAACAUAGAGCUGUCACCCAUGGCCUCACCAGCAUUUGAACAGGGCAGACAGUCUGAGCUGUCAGUGAAUCUCAACAGACAGCUAGAGAGAUGCUUGAGGAACUCCAAGUGCAUCGAUACAGAGUCCCUGUGUGUGGUGUCUGGGGAAAAGGUGUGGCAGAUCAGAGUGGACAUUCACAUGUUGAAUCAUGACGGGAACCUGAUGGAUGCAGCCAGCAUCGCUGCCAUCACCGCUCUGUACCAUUUCAAACGUCCAGAUGUGGGCAUCCAGGGAGAGGAAGUCACUGUGUACCCUCCAGAAGAGAGAGACCCUAUUCCUCUGAGUAUCUACCACAUGCCCAUCAGUGUCAGCUUCUCCUUCUUCCAGCAAGGGACGUAUCUGCUGGUGGACCCCUGUGAGCGGGAGGAGCGGGUAAUGGACGGCUUGCUGAUGAUCGCCAUGAACAAACACAGAGAAAUCUGCUCCAUCCAGUCCAGCGGGGGCAUCAUGUUGCUGAAAGAGCAGGUUAUGAGAUGCAGUAAAAUAGCCAGCGUCAAAGUGUCUGAAAUCACAGAACUCAUCACCAAAGCCCUGGAGAAUGACAAGAAAGCCAGGAAGGCGGGCGGUAGGUUUGGUUUCGCAGAGUCUAUGCCGCAGGAGCGAAUCACAGCUCUGAAAAAGGACGAGACUCCGGUGGAGAUGACAGACGUGACGGAAACGGCCAACGACAUCGUCCAGAAAGCCGAGGCCCCGCCUCAGACGGUGCCGUCUCCAGUGCUUCCCGUCCCUGGCAUGGGUCAGGUAGGGUUGGGGCUACAGAACAGCUGGGGACUAGAGGACGACGAAGAGGAAGAGGAAGAGGAUGAUGACAGUGUUGAAGAGCAGGAGGAGAAAGUGACAAAGAUGGAAGUGGAGCAACAUAGAAAGGAGCAGAGUAGCGGAGAUGUGGUUGAGAUAUCUGACAGUGAAGAGGAGGAAGUUAUCAUACUACAGCCAGAGAUUCCAAACAGAGGUCCCAAAAAUGCAGGAUCCAGUUCUGACCAGAAGGGAGCAGCAAAGUCCAAGAAAAGACAGACAAAAUGAAAGAGGCUCAAUGCAGCCAGAGGCCUCUCAAACUAUCUGUUUAUCUGCAGCCGUGCCACACUUCAUGAUGUCGACUCCUCAUCUGACUUCAUAUGAUUCCUACAUGAGAUAAGCUGUCACAUUGAUGUUGCAGUUCAGAAACUCUUCAAAGUGUUUGAUUCUUACUGCCAGUUUACUUCUUCAUUGUAGCUGUCUGGAUCAGUGUCGAUCCAGAUAAAUUCAAACACAAAAUUCUUUGAUGGGUAAUAUAUUUUAACAAUGAAAGCAUGUAAAAGUUAACUUUUUUUUUAAAAGACAAUAUUCUCAACCACUUGGGUGUUUAUCAGACUCUCACAUUUCCUUUAGGUUUGCAAAGUGGUAUAUUUUGUAAAGAAAAGUACUGAUUGUGAAUCAAUCUGUAAAGAAAAAUAAAAAGACGU